AUGACUGAUGAUGAGAACAAUAUUAAUUUCGUAACAGAUAAAAAUAAUCCAACUACUCCGAUUCGCCAUUAUUUUGUAUUUUCAUUAAUCUCGUUUAUUUGUUUGUGUCCGGCAUCUGGUAUUGUUGCAUUGGCCUAUAGUUUGAAAUCAUCAGCUAAAGCUGAUGUCCAAUUUUUAGAUAAAGCACGUCGUUAUUCACGUCGUGCUAAAAUAUGGAAUUUAAUUUCAGUAGCGUUAUGUGUAGUCUCAUGUAUUGGCUUGGCCUUUUACGUCUGGUAUUUGCAUCGUACGUUGAUUAUGUACGCAAAAGUUUAUGGUCAAUAA